CUCACUUUCACUUUUGCUUUCCCUGAAAUGACAGAGGAAUCAGGAAGGAGGUGGUAGCCAACAGCUUUCUUUAGUCCCUUGGCUUUGCUGCCUGUUUGCUCUAGUUACAACCCCUGAGACCUGUGUGGUGCCACUUCCCACACAGAGACUAUAGUAAGCGCCAGGCCUGAAGAUGAAUAUCCCAGAGCCUUCCAUGUCGCUGGAUGAGGAGAUAUACUCCCGGCAGCUGUAUGUGCUGGGCCCACUUGCCAUGCAGAGGAUUCAGAAAGCCAAAGUCCUGCUAUCUGGCCUGAAAGGCCUGGGGGCUGAGGUGGCCAAGAACCUGGUUCUGAUGGGGAUUGGCAGUCUCACUCUGCAUGAUCCCCAUCCCACCUGCUGGUCUGACCUGGCUGCCCAGGUUUUCCUUUCAGAGAACGACUUGGAAAAGAACAGGGCUGAUGCCUCUCAAAAACACUUGGCUCAACUCAAUGAAGCUGUCCAGGUCUUUGUCCAUACAGGUGACAUCACAGAGGACCUACUGCUGAACUUCCAGGUGGUAGUGCUAACUGCCUCAAAGUUGGAGGAACAGCUGAAGGUGGGCACCUUGUGCCACAAGCAUGGAAUCUGCUUUGUAGUGGCUGAUACCCGGGGCCUUGUGGGGCAGUUAUUCUGUGACUUUGGUGAGGACUUCAUUGUGCAGGACCCUACAGAGUCAGAGCCCCUGACAGCUGCUAUCCAGCACAUCUCCCAGGGCUCUCCUGGCAUUCUCACUCUGAAAAGAGAGGAUAAUAGAAACUCCUUCUGUGAUGGGGACUUAGUAACUUUCUCAGGCAUUGAGGGCAUGGUUGAACUCAAUGGCUGUUCUCCCCGGCCCAUCCAUGUACAAGAGGAUGGGUCCUUGGAGAUUGGGGACACAACAACUUUUUCCCGUUACUUGCAUGGUGGGAUUAUUACUGAAGUCAAGAGAUCCAAGACUGUGAUACAUGAGCCCCUGAACAUAGCCCUGCACCAGCCCCGGAUGGUAGCUCAGAAUCACCAGCAAGCCCAUCGUGCCCACUGCCUACAUCAGGCCUUCUGUGCACUGCACAAAUUCCAGCAACUCCAUGGCCGGCUGCCCCAACCCUGGGAUCAUGCUGAUGCAGAGAUUGUAGUAGGUCUGGCACAGGCCCUGGAACCCCUGAAGGGCCGAGAAGAAGAGCCACUGGAUGAGGCCCUACUGCGGACAAUUGCCCUGAGUAGUGCUGGUGACUUGAGUCCCAUGGCAGCCAUUCUGGGAGCAGUGGCUGCCCAGGAAGUCCUGAAGGCAAUCUCCAGGAAGUUCAUGCCCCUGGACCAGUGGCUAUACUUUGACGCCCUUGAUUGCCUUCCAGAAGAUUCUCUUCCCAAUCCUGAGGAUUGUGCUCCGAGAGGCUGCCGUUAUGAUGGGCAAAUCGCGGUGUUUGGGGCUGGUUUUCAGAAGAAACUGAGCCUCCAGCACUACUUCUUGGUGGGCACUGGUGCCAUUGGCUGUGAGCUGCUCAAAGACUUUGCUCUAGUGGGCCUAGGAGCAGGAGGCUGUGGUGGUGUGACUAUUGCUGACAUGGACCAUGUAGAGCACUCCAAUCUCAGCCGUCAGUUUCUCUUCAGGACCCACGAUGUUGGAAGGCCCAAGGCAGAGGUGGCUGCUGAAGCUGCUCAAAAACUGAACCCAGACUUACGGGUAACUCCACUCAUUCGGUCACUAGAUCCCACCACAGAGCACAUCUUUGGGGACAACUUCUUCUCCAAUGUAGAUGGUGUGGUUGCUGCUCUGGACAGUUUUCCAGCUCGGCACUAUGUGGCUGCUCGCUGUACCCACUAUCUGAAGCCACUGUUGGAGGCAGGUACACAGGGCACCUGGGGCAGUGCUUCAGUAUUUAUACCACAUGUAACUGAGGUCUACAGUGGCCCUGUCUCAGCUUCAGCUUCUGAGGAUGCCCCCCACCCUGUCUGUACUGGGCGAUACUUCCCAAGCACAGCUGAGCACUCCCUGCAGUGGGCCCGGAAUGAAUUUGAAGCACUCUUUCAACUAUCUGCAAAGACCAUCAACCAGGCACGUACUUCCCUGGCAGACAUGGAUAGACAACAGAUACUGACUUUACUACGGCUGGGUGUCCUAGGACAGCGCCCACAGACCUGGCAAAACUGUGUGGUGUGGGCCCUUGGCCAAUGGCAAUUCUGCUUCCAUUAUGGCAUCACACAGCUACUGAAACACUUCCCACCUGAUAAAGUGCUUAAGGAUGGAACUCCAUUCUGGUCAAGUCCCAAACAGUGUCCCCAGCCCUUGGAAUUUGACGCCAACCAGGAUAUGCACCUCCUCUAUGUGCUGGCAGCUGCCAACCUAUAUGCUCAGAUGCAUGGGAUUCCUGGCUCAUCAGAUCAAACUGCACUCAGGGAGCUGCUGAAGUUACCACAGCCUGAUCCCCAGCACCUGUCCCUCAUCUUCACUAAUAACCUAGAGCUGACUUGGGCUUCUGCUGAGUUUGGUCCUGAGAUGUUAAAGAAACUGCAAGAAGCUCUGGAAGUCUGGGGCAAGUUUCCUCCCCUGAAGCCUCUGAUGUUUGAGAAGGAUGAUAGCAACUUUCACAUGGACUUUGUGACAGCCGCAGCCAGCCUUCGAUCUCAAAACUAUGGGAUCAUAUCAGUCAACUAUUCUCAGAGCAAACGAAUUAUGGGCCAGAUUAUACCAGCCAUUGCCACCACUACAGCAGCUGUGGCAGGUCUGGUGGGCCUGGAACUGUAUAAGGCCCUACUCUAGCUGUGGCCUCACUCCAGAACCCAGACUGUGGAGGAGUUCUCAAGACUCCCUCCAGCCCCCUUCCUGCUAUGAAGCCAGGCUGAGACCUGUCAGACACAGGAAGCAGCCAUCAGCCUUUCCUCCCACCCCACUCCAAUCCAGGGUCUGGGGGGUGUGCAGCUUUAACUCAUUAGUGGAGCCAGACAUCCUCCCAACCUCCUCCUUCCCAGAAGUUUUCCUGAGGGGGUAGAUAGUGGGGAGGGGGAAUUUGUAGGUAAGGGGAAUCAUGGCCCCACCCCUAGAAAGAUGUAGGGCCCUGGCCUGCCCCCUCCAAGGUGAAUUAAAGGGCACUAGAUUUGCCACUAGCAAUGUGGAACAACAGCCCUGUGUGUGUGAUUGUCACAGAUGUGAGUGCACCAGAGUCUGGGCAUCCCUGGUGUGUAGGUGUGAAGGGAGAAAGCUUGCACAUCUGUGAGCCAGAUGGGAAUGCAAGGCUCUCCUCGAUGUGGACAUGCAUGGAUGUGUAUGUGGGUAUACAUGUGGGUGUUCCUGGGCUUGUGUGCAUAUGUUCCUGUGAGUGCAGGACAGGGACUAUCUCCAAAUUGUGUGCCCAGACUUUGUAGUAGUGGUAUUUCCUUGGGGCAUAAGAAAGAGGAUAGAGGGAAUGCUGUUGUCAGGGGAGAAGCCAAAGGUCAAAGGUCACUGGCAAAGGCCCUAGCCUUUGCCAAGCAGCCCUAGGGUCCCUCUGGACACAACAUGUAGAGCCCUUUAGUGAGACACCCCACCUCUAACCAGCACACAGGCUGCUUUGUCUGUGGAAUGGAGGAAGAGUCUCUAACCUAGUCUCAUCUUGACCCCAGUAUGUUUUCUUAGGGGCUGGCAAGGUCCCCCAUCCUAGACUCUGGCUGUCCGCCACUCUUCUGUCCUCAACUCUAGGCAUCAGAAACUCUAUUGGACAGGAACAGGAGGCUUCUAUAGAUUGUGUCUCGGCUGGGAUCUCUGGGCCAGUAGGGCUCCAGUAGUCACUGUACUAUGUACUCCUGUGUGCCUAAAACUAGUCAAAGGCUCUAAAAGUAAGGAUGAGGAAUAGGAUGUAUCCUCCCGCUCCUAGCCUUGCAUUUGAGGAACAAGCAGCUUUAUCAGAGACUCCAGUAGCCUAGCUCUGGCUUCCUCAGGAAGCACCACCCCCUUAGUCCCCCUCCAACAACUGGCCUGUAUGAUGGAUCAGUCUGUUUCCCUGUGUGGGCCCCAUAGCCCCAUUUCCUGUGCUGGCCUCAGCCUGGGCAGGGAGGGGGCUGAGACUCUGGGCCCAGAUCCCACCCUCUACUCCCCCUCCCUCACUUCCUGCUUCUAGUCUAGCUCCUCCCCUAGAAAAGGCUGCUAGUAACUGGGACAGAGGUUAUCCAUUUAUGUGAAAACUCUCACUCAUCCUCACCCCCACCCCCUAGUUCAAUUGCCUGAAGUGGACUUCUUGGGACCGCCUGAAGGUGCCUGCUGGACAGCCUGAGAGGACACUGGAGUCACUGCUGGCCCAUCUCCAGGUGUGCCCUGACCCCACCCUGCCCCCAAGUCCAACCCAGCCUGGCCCAGUG